CUGAGGUCACAAUGAGCUGUGUGUUGUGUGUCGCUCCAAGCAAUGCGGAGUAAAUGCCGGGUUUUUAACUAAUUUUUCAACGAUUUCUUGCUAUGUAUGUGAACGCAAUGUGUGGACUAUUUCCUGCUGCGCUGAAUUACAAAAAUCUGACGUAAAUAAGCGACGUGAAGACGCGACGAUGAACUCAGCCAUGCUGAAGCCACCUGUGGCCCCAAAACCAAGGCUGACCCUGCCGCAGAGGCCCGGCCUGUCUCCUGCAACCCCCAGAAGAGAGGGUCUCUUGCUUUCGUCUCCUAGCACCCAGAGGAGGGUUAAGCCAGUCCUGGCCCCAAAACCAUGCCUCUCCAAACUCACCCCUGCUGUGGAGUCCAGACCACUUGCUACAAAGAGCCCUCAUCAAACAUCUGUAAGCCCACCAAGGACUGAGGGUCUUCUUAACUCACAAAAUGGAAUACAGCAAGAGAACAAGAAGCCAGAUUGGGAUUAUAUUAUUCCCAUUUGUCUGUGUAGUAAUGAGAACUGCUUGUGCAUCAGGAAUACAUCAGUGAGCAAAAUGGAGAAAGACUUGAAAACGCUGCAAAAGGGUAAAACUGAAGAAAACCGAAAGCUUUUAUCUACACCUGGAGUGCCUAUGGAUAACAGAGGAGAAAAAACUGACAACCACAGACCACUAAAAGAAACUUUGGAUAAAAAUCUCAACACAGGCAUAAAUAAGGUGACCCUCAGGCCAACUUUUCCUCAUAGAACCUGGAGUGAUGAGGCAAAUGGUAACGUAUCACCUCAGAGCGGAGCUGGGAGAGGAUCAGAGGAAGAUGCUCUUGGCUCCAAAGAACUCCCAGCACCCUCUAGGAAGCCCGUCCCUGUCCCUGUACCACGGAAACCCAGGAUGGCUGUGCUCACCCGCCAGGAAAAGGUGGAAGAAGAAGAGAGGGAAGAGAGACAGAGCCAGGAAAGGAGGGAUAUGAAGGUGUCAUCACAGCUGGUCAGUGAACCUGAUGAUAACAAGCAGACAGUUUUUCUGUCUGCAAGACGAGCCUGUACCGCCCCAGCUCCUCCGCCCAGGAAGAAACCUUUCCUGUCCACACCUGAGAGAGCACCAACCUCUGCUCCUAGGACGCACCCAGAGGAUGUGGAGGAGGAAGACCUGGGUUGGGACAGCAGUGUCCAGGAGAUGGAGGUAUCUGUCGACAAGGAGGAUCAAGAGGUAGAGGAGGAGAGGAAAGGAAUGCAAGACCAGGAGGCAGCUGACACAGACUCCACUCAGAGUUUGCUCAGCCAUCUUCCUUCUAUCAGUAUUUCAGCUGAGGAUGUGACUGUCAAAGCAGCUCCGAAGAAGCCCAAACGGCACAGCAGCCCAAUGGCAUGGAUGCAGAAGAAGGAAUCCUCUGAAGAGAAAGAAGAGGAGAAAAUAAUUGAUGAUAAGAAACAGAUCUCACCUGUACAAGAUUGUGCUAUAAAAGAGAGAGUAAAGAGAGCGCUUCCUCCACCUCCAGACGAGAAAAUUACCAGAAUACUUAAACCUCCGCGGUCCAGCCUGGGCAAACCAAGAGCAAAGUCGUUCACUGCUGCAGACCUCGUCUGCUCAGACGGACAGAAAAGGAACUCUUUCAGGAAACUGCUGGAUUUGAAGCUCUCAGUUAAGAAACUGAUUGUGAAAGGAGGCCAGAGUCCUGACUGCACUGUGAAUGAAAAUGAACAAAGCGUGGACAGGGAACAGGACGGGGGCCAUGAGCAUCUCAAAGCUCAGCGUAAAUUCUCCUGCCCACUGAUUGGUGUGGAGCAGAGCGUGGAUGGAGACGAGGUCUACUAUGAGAAUAUGCCGCACUAUGAGGAGAUAUCAGACUACAUGAAUGUGGGAACAUCGGCGACAUUUCCUCAGACCCCUGUCUUGCAGACUACAGCUGCCUUGCAGAGCUGUAUGUACAACGACGAGGGUAUUUAUGAGGAGCAGGAGCCAUACAUGUCAUUUCAGAAGAACACAGAGCAACAGUGCAUGACACCAGCAGAGUAUGAGAGUUCUGUUGAUGAGGAGGUGGCACCCCUGGAUGAGGGCCCGUCUGAUGAAGACAUCUUGGCCAACACCUCCGAAGAAGAGGACGAGGGAGACAGCUGCUCCGUCUCUAGUAAAGGAGAGCCAGAGCAGGUCGAGGAGAGCAUGACACAGAGCGGGAAGAAGAAGAGCAAGAUUCAACACAUUGCCACAGAAAUUAUGACCUCUGAGAGUGUGUUUGUUGACGUUCUCAAGCUUCUUCAUGUGGACUUUCGUGAUGUGGUAUCUCAGGCAUCUCUUCAGAACGGGAAGGCUGUGAUUGAUGAACGUCUUCUCAAUCAGAUCCUCUACUACCUCCCACAGCUCUAUGAACUCAACAAGGACCUGCUGAGAGAGCUUCAAGAGAGAGUCUCCAAAUGGGAUGACAAUGCCCAGCUAGCAGACAUUUUCCUGAAGAAAGGGCCCUAUCUGAAGAUGUACUCCACAUACAUCCGCGAGUUUGACAAGAAUGUGGCCUUACUGGAAGAGCAGAGUAAGAAGAACCAAGCUUUUGGCGCAGUGCUCCGGGAAUUUGAGGCUAGUCCACGCUGUGCUAACUUGGCUCUGAAGCAUUACCUCCUGAAGCCAGUUCAGAGGAUUCCUCAGUAUCAGCUGCUGCUCACAGAUUAUCUGAAAAAUCUGUCCGAAGACUCAGCAGAUUAUAAGGACACAGAAGCUGCUCUUGUGAUUGUGAAAGAGGUUGCCAAUCAUGCCAAUGAUAUCAUGAAGCAAGGGGAUAACUUCCAGAAGCUGUUCCAGGUGCAGUGCAGUCUGAACGGGCAGCAUGAAAUCGUCCAGCCAGGGCGGAUCUUCCUGAAAGAGGGCAUCCUGAAGAAGCUGUCCAGGAAGGUCAUGCAGCCUAGAAUGUUCUUCCUGUUUAAUGACACGUUGCUCUACACCACUCCAGUUCAGUCUGGCCAGUACAAAUUCAACAACAUGUUGUCCCUGGCUGGGAUGAAGGUUAGCAAACCGAACCAGGAGGCCUAUCAGAACGAGCUAACCAUAGAGAGCGUGGAGCGCUCUUUUAUCCUCUCAGCAAGUUCAGCCACAGAGCGAGACGAAUGGCUUGAGGCCAUAUCAACAGCCAUCAGUGACUACACCAGGAAGAAGAUCAGUUUUAUAUCUGGCAAGCCUCCAGAAGAGGUAGAUCUGAAGGAUUGUGGUGAUGGCGCUCCUCUGGGAUCCAAAGCUCCUAUAUGGAUCCCUGAUCCACGUACUACCAUGUGUAUGAUCUGCACCUGUGAGUUCACCCUGACAUGGAGGCGGCAUCACUGCAGAGCAUGUGGAAAGGUGGUGUGCCAGUCCUGUUCCUCCAACAAACACUGUCUUGAGUACCUGAAGAAUCAGUUGGCGCGAGUUUGUGACCAGUGCUUCAUUGUUCUCCAGCAGCAGAAAAGUGAACAAGCUCUCUCAGCAGCGGUUUCUCCUGGAGGCAAAGCAACCUUUGCUUUCUCCAGGAAACAGAAAAAGAUUCCUGCAGCCCUUAAAGAGGUGUCCGCAAACACAGACAACUCCUCCAUGAGUGGGUAUCUGUGGAGGUCCAAGAGCAAUAAAAAGCAGGGGAAGAGGCUGUGGUUCGUCAUCAAAGACAAGGUCCUGUACACAUACGCUGCAAGUGAGGAUGUUGCAGCCUUGGAGAGCCAGCCUCUGUUGGGAUUUAUGUUGAAAGUUGAUUCAUCACAAAAGUUACAGUUUAAGCUCUACCACAAAAACACGCUGUACCACAUUUUUAAAGCUGAUGACGUCCAAACUGCACAGAGAUGGAUUGACAAAUUUAAAGAAGCCACAGUGCUCUAACAUCAGUCUACUUUUAAUUUGUUACCCUUUUUAGAUUUUCUUUAACCUCAGUGCUCUCUGGAAUCUGCACAGAGCAUCAGGAGGCACCACAUGAGUUGCACUGGAAUAAAAUUCAAAUGUGUUAUUUUGUUGCUUUUAUCACCCAGACAUUUGUAACCUCUUUGUUUAAAGAGCAUUCAAGCUAUGGUCUGAAUUUCUGUUUCUUAUUGUAACAUGAAACUUUCUAAAUAUGCAUUUUUGCUAUUCCUCAAGAAAAUCUGUAGCUACUCUAGGGUUUGACUUUGCCACAUUUAUUUUAAUUUUCUAGCAAUUCACUUACAUUUCUGUUGCACUGAUGAGUAAAUAAAGGCCCUUUUUCAAUAGAUUUCUGAUAUAAAAUGAUAUAUAAAGUUUGAUCAUGACGUAGCUAAUUUUUUAAAGAGGUCAAAAAGAACUGAACUCUUGUUUUUGGGGGGAGUAAUCACUGUUUUCAUUUGUGAAACUUCUUUGACUCUGAGACUAAAAUAGAGUUUAAAUGGGGUUUUGGGGGAAUUCUGAGUGUUAAGAUCAAACUUUAGUAUUUUUUAUUGCACUUAAAAAACACAUUUCUGUAGAUAGUUGUUACCAUCUGUAAAUACAGAGUACUGUACAUGCCAUGUAGUCAAAUUCCACUAAUGUCCCUUUUACUGUUAAACUUGUCACUGAAAUAAAUGGUUGUUUUAA